CGGCGGGGCUGCCCCAAUGGCUGCUGGGAGCCGACGCCAUCGAUGCGACGGCGUGUGGGAUAGUAGCAGAUAGCAGUGCUCUCUCUGAGCCACAUUACUCGCGCAGCCAUGGCAGAAAUCCGACCGUCAUCAUGCUACGCCGGCCAUGCGCCGGCAAUCACCGAUGCGCACGUCGCAGCGCUGGAAGCCAAAGAUUAUGUCGUGAUCGACGGUCUGUUUCCACGCGUCGACGAGCUCCGCCAGGCGCUGGACGACGCCCAGUACCGCAAAACCAUGCAGUCAGAAAGUAUCAGGACCGACCGCGUGCGGUGGGUCACCGAGGAAGACGGCGUCGUGGGCGAUACGGUACGGGCCUUGAAGGGUCUCGGUGACAGAUUCGCGCCGGCCGUCGGCUACGAACGCGUAGACGCGCCCUCGAAGUGCAUGGUCGCUCGUUACGAGCAAGGCGGCUACCGUACACAUCUGGACCACGAUCCACCUUCCGACGACGACCUCUACUGGCUCUGGAAGAGUUCGCGGGAGCAGUCGGGGCGCGUGCUGACGGCUAUCUUGUACCUGACCGAUCCGGACUUCGACGCGUGUCUACACGGAGGGUGCUUGCGGCUCUUCCUGGGGUGCGCCGACGGCGACGCUUCCGGUGAGACGGCGACGUCGAUCCGGGACGUCGCCCCGGUCCCGGGGCGCUUGGUCGUCUUCAAGGCGCGGUGCGUCCCGCACGCCGUCCUUGAAACGUCGAGGAGGCGCCUUGCUUUGUCUUGUUGGCACCUCGCGCCGGAGGCGUAG